AUGUCAGCGCUUCAAAAAUACUUAUUAAAGAGCAAGACAGUCGCGAAUGCCUCGGAUCUACCACCAACAUUCGCUAUGCCAGCUCCUAUGGCGAGGAAAUCUGCAGCAGACUACGAGCCUCUCCCGUGGCAAAACUACUUUGACUCAUCGAAUGAUUUAAACAUUGCAAACACGAACGAUGCCUUUCGCGUAUACCAAACCAGAGGAAGCAAUAGUAGCAAUAACAGUCCAUUAUUCUACUUUCAUCAUGGCGGAGGACAUUCAGGAUUGACGUGGGCUCUAGCUGUAAAAGAAUUGAAGAAAGGAUUGCUUGGAGAGUCUUGCUCCACGUUAUGUUUUGAUUGUCGCGGACAUGGUGCAACAAGAGCAGAAAACGAAUCAGACUUAUCUCUGUCACGUCUUUCAAACGAUUGUGUUAAUGUUAUUAACGCUGCAUACCCUGAACUGCCUAAAGAGAUUGUGCUGGUUGGACAUUCGAUGGGCGGUGCUGUUGUUGUAGAUGUCGCAUCUCGGGGGCUGAUUAAAAAUGUGAUUGGAGUGGUUGUGUUGGAUAUUGUUGAAGGAACGGCAAUGGAAUCUUUAAAUUAUGUGCUCAAGUCAUUACUGGAUCGGCCGCCUUCUUUUCCAUCCAUACAAAAGGCUAUUGAAUGGAGUCUCAAGCAUGGAGGCAGCAAGAACAUGGAAGCUGCUAGGAUAUCAAUACCGUCUCAGAUACGGCCGUCACAAUAUAGCGAUGAUGGCAAAGUGACGUUGUAUUCUUGGAGGACUGAUUUGACUGCAUCGGAACCGUAUUGGACGGGUUGGUAUGAUGGAAUGUCAUCCAGGUUUCUUGCAGUGAAGGGUGGUCGUCUCAUAAUUUUGGCUGGAACUGAUCGACUUGACAAGACUUUGAUGAUUGGACAAAUGCAAGGUAAAUUCCAGAUGGUGGUAUUGAAUGAAGUGGGGCAUAGCAUACAGGAGGAUGCACCGACUCAUCUGGCACGACAGCUCGAGAUAUUUUAUGAUCGCAAUAAAAUGAAUGUUGGCAUAAAACGAUUCGUGAUACCUUUGAAUCCUGCAGCGACAGGGAGUGGACAUCAGCAUGAACAUACAACUGAAUAG